AUGGAGAGUUACUUGAAUCAGAAUUUCGGAGAUGUGAAGGCGAAAAACUCUUCGGAAGAAGCGCUUCAGAGAUGGAGGAAGCUUUGUUGGGUUGUUAAGAAUCGCAAGAGAAGGUUUCGAUUUACUGCUAAUCUUUCUAAGCGAUUUGAAGCUGAAGCUAUAAGACGUUCAAAUCAGGAGAAAUUCAGAGUUGCAGUGUUGGUGUCACAAGCUGCGCUUCAGUUUAUCCAUGGCCUAAGUUUGUCAAGUGAGUACAGAGUACCAGAGGAAGUUAAAGCUGCAGGUUUUGAAAUAUGUGCUGAUGAGGCAGGAUCAAUUGUUGAUGGCCGUGAUGUGAAGAAGUUAAAAAUUCAUGGUGGGGUUGAGGGUAUCACGGGCAAACUCAACUCCUCUCUCAAUGAUGGGGUAUCAACAUCUGAGCCCUUCCUGAAUCGGAGAAAAGAAAUUUAUGGAAUUAAUAAGUUCACUGAAAGUCCAGCUCGGGGAUUUUGGGUUUUUGUAUGGGAAGCACUUCAAGAUACAACCCUUAUGAUACUUGCGGUCUGUGCUUUUGUAUCUUUAGUGGUUGGCAUAAUAAUGGAAGGGUGGCCUAAGGGUGCACAAGAUGGGAUUGGUAUUGUUGCUAGCAUAUUGCUUGUUGUGUUUGUCACUGCCACUAGUGAUUACAGACAAUCAUUGCAGUUUAAGGAUCUAGACAAAGAAAAGAAAAAAAUUACCGUGCAAGUCACGCGAAAUGGCUAUAGACAGAAAAUUUCAAUAUAUGAUCUACUUCCUGGUGAUAUUGUCCAUCUAAAUAUCGGAGAUCAAGUCCCUGCUGAUGGGCUUUUUGUGUCCGGUUUCUCUGUGUUGAUAAAUGAAUCAAGUUUGACGGGAGAAAGUGAACCAGUGAAUGUUGGCGACCUCAAUCCUUUUCUUCUAUCUGGAACUAAAGUCCAGGAUGGAUCAUGUAAGAUGCUUGUGACUACUGUUGGAAUGAGAACACAGUGGGGUAAACUAAUGGCUACUCUAAGUGAAGGGGGAGACGAUGAAACUCCAUUGCAGGUAAAACUCAAUGGCGUGGCUACCAUUAUCGGGAAAAUAGGCCUGUUUUUUGCUGUAGUGACUUUCUCUGUAUUGGUCCAAGGGCUAUUUAGCCGCAAGCUGCAAGAAGGUUCCCAAUGGACAUGGUCUGGUGACGAUGCUAUGGAAAUUGUGGAAUUCUUCGCUAUUGCUGUUACAAUUGUUGUUGUUGCUGUUCCUGAAGGUUUACCUUUAGCUGUGACAUUGAGCCUUGCUUUCGCCAUGAAAAAGAUGAUGAACGAUAAGGCACUUGUCCGUCAUUUGGCUGCUUGUGAGACAAUGGGAUCUGCCACUACUAUCUGUAGUGACAAGACUGGUACAUUAACUACUAAUCAUAUGACUGUUGUAAAAGCUUGCGUGUGUGGGAAGAUCAAAGAGGUAAAGAGAUCUAUUGACUCUUCUGAUUUCUCAUCUGAUCUUCCGGAUUCUGCUAUGGCAAUUCUACUUGAAUCAAUAUUCAACAACACCGGAGGAGAAGUUGUCAAAAAUGAAAAUGGGAAGAUUGAGAUUCUGGGAUCACCAACCGAGACUGCCAUUUUGGAAUUUGGGCUGUCACUUGGUGGUGAUUUCCUAAAAGAACGACAAGCUUCAAAACUUGUGAAAGUUGAACCAUUUAACUCCAUAAAAAAGCGCAUGGGGGUAGUUCUUCAGCUUCCCGGUGGUGGUUACAGAGCACACUGCAAGGGUGCAUCUGAAAUAAUUCUUGCUGAAUGUGACAAAUAUGUAGACUCGAAUGGUGAGGUUGUUCCACUUGAUGUAGACUCGAUCAGUCACUUGAAUGAUACAAUUGAAAAAUUUGCCAAUGAAGCUCUCCGGACCCUUUGCCUUGCUUACAUAGAUAUUCAUGAUGAAUUUUUAGUUGGAAGUUCUAUUCCUAUAAAUGGUUACACUUGCAUAGGAAUAGUGGGUAUUAAAGAUCCAGUUCGUCCUGGUGUUCGAGAGUCUGUAGCCAUUUGUAAGGCUGCCGGUAUUACUGUUAGGAUGGUUACCGGUGAUAACAUAAAUACUGCAAAGGCAAUUGCUAGAGAAUGUGGAAUUUUAACAGAUGGUAUAGCAAUUGAAGGCCCCGAAUUCCGUGAGAUGAGUGAGGAAGAAUUACUUGAUAUAAUUCCAAAAAUUCAGGUAAUGGCUCGAUCUUCACCCAUGGAUAAGCAUACCCUAGUGAAACACUUGAGGACAACAUUUGAAGAGGUUGUUUCAGUUACUGGUGAUGGUACAAAUGAUGCACCAGCACUUCAUGAAGCAGAUAUUGGACUUGCAAUGGGCAUUGCUGGAACUGAGGUAGCAAAAGAAAGUGCCGAUGUAAUAAUUCUAGAUGACAAUUUUUCAACUAUUGUGACUGUGGCCAAAUGGGGUCGUUCAGUCUACAUAAACAUACAGAAAUUUGUUCAGUUCCAGCUAACUGUAAAUGUUGUUGCUCUGAUAGUCAACUUCACUUCUGCUUGUUUGACCGGAAAUGCUCCCCUUACUGCGGUACAACUUCUAUGGGUCAAUAUGAUUAUGGACACUCUUGGAGCACUUGCACUUGCCACUGAACCUCCUACCGAUGAGUUGAUGAAAAGACCACCAGUUGGUAGGAAAGGAAACUUUAUCAGUAAUGUGAUGUGGAGGAAUAUCGUGGGGCAGUCCAUAUAUCAAUUCGUCAUAAUCUGGUUACUCCAAACUAGAGGAAAAACAACUUUUCAUCUUGAUGGCCCAGAUGGUGAUCUGAUAUUGAAUACACUCAUUUUCAAUUCAUUUGUAUUCUGUCAGGUUUUCAACGAGAUCAGUUCUAGAGAUAUGGAAAGGAUAAAUGUUUUUGAAGGUAUACUGCAGAAUUAUGUGUUCACAGCAGUCCUUACCUGCACAACCAUCUUCCAAAUUGUAAUAGUUGAAUUCUUGGGCACCUAUGCCAACACAUCUCCACUUAGUUUGAAACUGUGGUUCGUUAGCGUUUUCUUUGGAAUCCUUGGCAUGCCGAUUGGAGCAGCUAUAAAGAUGAUACCUGUCUAA